CUAAUCCUGUCUCCUCCACACUGGGAGCUUCAGCUGAGAGUAAGAGCGAGAUAAGAGACGUUUUUGUCCUCUCUGUUCGAGCUCACUCUUCUUGCUCCAUUUCUCCUCUCGCUACUGUUUUUUCCUUUUCUUUCUGAGAUGGGAUGUGGAAAUUCCUCUCCAGCCAAACACGUGACUAACAACAACAGCAGCAGCAAGCGCAGCAGAGAUCCUGCUGAGUUUUCAUCAACGCUAUCAGUUGAGUCAGUGCCAGAAGAUGACAAACGGAAGUCAGUCAUUCAUUUUUUCAUUAUAAAAUCUUUUUAUCUCAUACAUCACAGUUAUCUAAUAUAUUUGUCUAAUGAGCUGAUCUGUGCAGCUGACUUUGUGUGUGUCUGUGUGUGUGUGAGAGAUCAGGAACUAUGGAGGUGUGUACGUGGGGUUGCCUACAGACCUGAGCAGCAUACCCCAAGUCCAGAUUGGCUCACUCAGAGAGCCUCCGAUCGACUCGCUGUCCCUCAGGAAACCGCUGUGGGGGGACUGACUCUGGUUUUAAUGAAGGCAAGGUACGGAGGAGGAAUGACACAGCGAGAGGGAGUUUGUUGAGUGAGGAAAAAGAAACCCUGCAGGCGUUCAUCAGCUCCUCUGUGUUGUCAUCAGGAACCCACUGAGUCUCCACUGAGCAGCAGCAGCACCCAGCAGAGCCAAUUUCAUCUCUCAGCGUCCCCUCAGAGGGUUUGGAUGGAAUCAACUCCACCUGAUUCCGCUGACUGCGGCGACCCUGACAAACUGGUUAGAGAGUUAGAGACGUAGAUUUGGACCUGGACAUUCAAAUCGGUCACAGUUUGCUGCUCAGGCGACGUAACGCUGCAGGCUUUUUAUUCCAGGCAGGUGCACCAGUGGGAGCUCAGUAUUUGGCCUCAUUGGAUUGAUUGGUAGCUGCCAGCUGUCCUUAUUACAUUUGUACAGUUUUUGUGAAUAUUAUGGCAUAGCUCCUCUUGUCAUUGAAAAGUGAAGUCAAUAGGCAUGCUUUAUAUGUUUUUGUAUUGUCAGCCGAUGGCCUCAAGAUUUUGAAUGAUUCACACGAGAUUAAACUGCUCACAGAACACGAUC